AUGUUGAGUCGCAAGCAGCUCACCGGGUCGCUGCCCACCUCCCUCGCCAACCUCUCCGCUCUUGAGCAACUGGAUCUGAGCAACAACAGGCUGUACGGCCCCAUUCCUCUCUACCUCACCACACCGCCCAACCUACAACUGCUCAACCUGCGCAACAACCAGCUUACCGGCUACCUCCCGUCCGACUGGCCUCCAUCCCUCGCCACGCUGCUGCUAGACAACAACUACCUCUACGGCCAACCCGCACUCUCCUACUGCCCCAGCACCCUCUCCCUCCGCUCCAACUGCCUCUCCUUCCCUCCACCCCCCUCCUCCUCCUUCCGCUGCGCGCGCCACCCCCAGCGUCCCCUCUCUGCCUGCCUUGCCUUCUGCGGCCUCGUUUCCCCGGACCAGAAGCCGUGCUCAGGUGUCGGCACGUGCCGGCUGGGCAAGGCAGGGAAGCCCGUGUGUGAGUGCGACGACGGGUACGUGAACCGUGCUUCGCCAGGCUCCUGUGUGCCGGAGGCGCAGACUGCGUCCUUCUCGCUCUCCCUCACCGACUCGCCGCCUGUGCGCCUCAAAGGCUCUGCGUCCUUCUCAGGGAAGCAGACCUCUGGUGUGGUUCCCACCUUCGAUGUGCCGCAGCCGCCUGACAGCCCCUUGCAGCAGCUGCUGGUGAGCCCGGGAGUGCGCGGGGCGUGGGGCGCCGUGACGCUGCUGCCGCUCGUCACGCUCUUCACCUUCUCCACUCCGCAGGACCCCUGCGGCCGCCAGCUCGCCUUCAACUUCUCCUUCUCCUUCUCCAUCACUCCCGAGCCUACAGGGGGGGCAGGCAUGGGGUACAAGGGCAUGGGCAAGAGGAGCGUGGCAGUGGAGUUUGACACAUGGUUUGAUGCCAAGAGUGGUGACCCAAAUAGCAACCACGUGGGGGUCAACGUGGGGGGGAACAGCCGGUCGAUUGCCACAGCUUCUGCGGACGCCUUUCCUCUUAACAGCGGCGAGCUGCGAUACGUUUGGAUCGUGUACGACCCUCCUGCUCCUGUUGGUGGUGGCGGGAGCAGUGGAGGAGGAGGCGGAGGAGGAGGAGGAGCGGCAGGAGGGGAGGAUGCGGGUGUUUGUGGCAGCAAUGAAGGUGCAGCCAAGGCGAGCGUUGCUGGACGUUCCUCUGUCGCUCUGCUCUGUGCUCAAGCCGUCGCCGACACAGCCCUCGGUGUUCCUCUCCUUCUCUGCAUCGUCUUCCUCUUCCUCCCCCACGCAGGCGCACCUCGUCCCGUGGUGGGAGCUGCAGACAGUGUCUACUGUCGCUCCGACGUCUCCUCCUGCCCCAGCGGAAUUACAGGCUCUAGCACUUGGGGAAUUGCUGGUGCCGCUGCUGCUGGUGGUGGUGGUGGUGGUGGUGGUGGUGGUGGCAAUGGUGGGUUUAUUCCGAGUCAGUUCGCUCCGGGAGAAGAACAGGGAGGAGGAGGGGGCGGGACAGGAGGAGGCGGGCAAGAGCAGGGUGGGAUAACUGGAGGCUGUGAAAUUGAUGCAUGUGGUGUGGGUGACAAGAAUCCCUGUGGAGUGGGCACGUGUGUGAACGACGGAAUCGGCGGAUACACCUGUGUGUGUCCACCCAACUACUACCUCGGCACCUCAGAAUUCGGCGCCCCCUCCUGUGCCCCCGGCGACUGUGAGAACUUUUUCACGGUGAAUGUGAGCACCAUGUGGUGCUACCACGUGCACCCCCUCUUCAGCCUCACACUCGACCAGUUCCUCGAACAGAACGAGUUGCUGGCGUGUGACAAGCCCAUUCCUGAGGGCACUGUGGUCAAUGUGAAGCCCAGCCUCGACUACUCGCCCUGCUCCGUCUACUACACCACUGUGCAGAACGACACGUGUGAGUCCAUCGCCUCCCUCUUCUCCCUCACCUCCUCCUGCCCGGACCCCUCCCAGCCCUGCACCACCGACCUCCUCCGCCUCAACCCGGGCCUCGACUGCUCCAUCACCACUGCAGCAACCACCACCACAAAAACACCAACAACACCUUUAGACGGCGGCGGCGGCGGCAGCAGCAGCAGCAGCAGCAGCAGCGACCCUGACAAGUCUCUACCCACGGGUCUGUCCAUCUGUGUGGAGAGGGCCACAGCACUGCUGCCGGUGUGCGGUGAGACAGUGACAGUGGAGAGCGUGGGGAACGCGUCGUGUGCGGCGGUGCUGGCGGGGAUGGACCCGCCGCUGAGUGCGCUGGAGCUCUACCGCAUGAACCCCGGCAUCUACUGCCACCGCCUGCUGCCGCCCUCCGUUGAAUCCGGCUUCCCGGGAUCGGAGAUCUGUGUGGCCAUCAGUAUGAGCAUGACAAUGGGCUCAUGCCCACGGUCCGAGGUGUACCUUGCAACCGAUAAUGACAGGUGCAGUGCCAUUCAGUUCCGAUUCUUCAAGGGCAUAAAGAGCUGCUACAAGAAAAUAAACGGCUAUGAUUGCCUAGAUAGACUAAAUAGGGGGACAAGAAUUUGUUUACCAGACCCCGUCAAGAUCAGCCAAGGGAAGUGCUCGAUCUGA